AUGAGAAAGAACCCGGAAGUAGACGAAGUUGUACCAUACAUGAGAGCUCUUCAAAUUGGAGAUUACUUCAAAAGGUUCACUAUGUUGCGUAUGCUGGCAUUUGGUUGCUUGUUGGUGUUUGGUCCAGUCGUCUACGCACAGGUUAUAGACUUACCAUGUGGUGUUGAUAUUGUGGUAAUUCUGGAUAUAUCGUGUAGUAUCACUCCAGCAAACAAGACCCUGGUGCACUCGUUCAUGGAGAGCUUUGGCGGUGCAUUGGAUAUUGGACCUGCCGACGACAAAGUCCAGUUAGGGCUGAUCACAUUCGACAAAUUCGUUUACAGCGAGUUUUAUUUGAAUACGUACAAAAACAGCGCAGAUGUGGUAAAACAUAUCUCACAAAUGGAUAUCCAUCCAGAAAAUGACCACAAACCUAGAUGUGGAACACGAACAGAUUUAGCCCUUAGAGAAGCAAAAACAGUCCAGCUUACAAGCGCUAAAGGAGUAAGAGAUACAUUAGGGUUAAAGAGUCCACCUAUUCAGAAAGUAGUCCUUGUGAUAACAGAUGGUGCCACGUUUCCGCCAUCGAAAGCAGGUGACACUAAGAAGGAAGCAGCAGCACUUAAAAGGGAAUCCGGGGCCAAUGUAUUCGUUGUUAGUUUACCAAACAUCAAGAAUAAAGAUGGGACGGCUGAAUUUUCUGCAAUCGCGAGCCAGCCAACUUCCGAAUUCUUGUUGAAUAUUGGUUUCGAUAAAUUGCUGGGUUCGUUGGAAACUAUAUUAUUGAAAUUCUGCGUUCUACCAGAGCCAGAACCUACGAAUGAGACUAUAUCUGAUGACCCAUGUGAGCGUUUCAAGUCAUUCCAGCGUCGUUGCCCUAUCACCAUGUCAAUGUGUCAUGUCUCUGAUAAGCGGUGCUGUGGAUGCCCCCUCAUGUUCAUGGACCCCACGACAAAGCAAAUCAAAUCACCAUUUGAGUUGGCUUACAAAGAGGGCAAGUGUAUUUGUGAGCCAUGCGUGAGAAGAUCUUACUACUGCCUUCCUAAGGAGUUUAGAGAGAAGGUCAAAUACAGAAGUGUUAAUAUGCUGAAGCUGAUAGCACUUGGGUGUAUAUUAGCACUGGGCCCAGUAGUAUAUGGCCAGAAAAUAGAAUUGGAAUGUGGUGUUGAUAUUGUCGUUAUUUUGGAUAUAUCCUGUAGUAUCACUCCGCCAAAUAAGACAAUCGUGCAUGAGUUCAUGGUUGGCUUUGCAAAUGCCUUGGAUAUCGGACCUUCGCCGGAGAAAGCACAACUUGGCCUCGUUACAUUUGAUAAGUUUGUCUACGACGAAUUCUUCUUGAAUACGUACAAAUCGUCAAGUCAAAUCGCGAAUCAUAUCACAAAUAUGGAUAUUCACCCUGACAAUGACAACAGGCCUAGAUGUGGCACUAGAACAGAUUUAGCCCUUAGAUCAGCUAAAACAUUACAUCUCACAAGUGCUAAGGGUCUUCGAGAUCCAUUGGGAAUAAAGAAUCCUCCGAUACAAAAGGUCGUACUGGUUAUUACCGACGGCGCAACGUUUCCGCCAUCGAAAGCCCCGGAUACCAAAAAAGAAGCAAGGGCGCUCAAACAAGACACGGGAGCUAAGGUAUUCGUGGUUAGUUUACCAAACGCUAACAAUAAAGAUGGUACUGCUGAAUUCUCUGCCAUCGCCAGUCAGCCUACCGAUGAUUUCCUCAUCCAGAAAGGUUUCGACGAAUUGCUUAUUUCCCUGGAAGACAUCUUGGGAGGCUUCUGCGAUCCUCCAAUAACCGAGCCACCAAAGAACGACACGGACCCCUGCAAGAAGUUUGCGUCCUUCCAGAGAACUUGUCCCAUCACUAUGUCAGCGUGCCAUCCCUCCAACAGACGAUGCUGUGGCUGUCCCUUCAUGUUUAUGGACCCCACUUCAAAGUCUAUGAAAACACCAUUUGAGUUGGCAUACAAAGAAGGCAAGUGUAUUUGUGAGGAAUGUGUGAGAAGAUCGUACUACUGUCUCCCUAAGGAACUAAGAGAUAUAUUGGGAUAUGGAAAACCGGAAGUGAAUUAUUUCCACCCAUCCGUAAAAAGGAUGAAACCUUAGGAUAUUGUACAUAAAUAUUUGUAAUAAACUGAACUGUAUUGUAGUGAAACAAGAA